AUGCAGGAGAAACUGGGGAAGACCCCUCUCUGCACGAUUCCCUGGGGAGCUGCUGCUGCCAGCCCGGGCCAGAGCGGCCAGGGGCCCGACUCAGCACAAGGCGGCGUCCUAGAGUGGUUUCCACCCCUCCGCAGGGAAGAACCCAGGAGUCCGGGGUCCCGCCCUCCCCAGGGGGGAACCCAGGAGUCCGAGCACCGGCCUCCCCAAGGCAGAGGCCCCGCCGCCCUCACCCGUCACGCGCUUUCCCAAGAUGGAGCCGGAGCAAAGGUCCGCCGCCAGCGCACGCCAGAGAGAAAAGGAAGGAGGGCGGGGCUUCUAGGGCGCAGGCGCACUGAGGCGGCUCUAACGGCGUCACUCUCCUCCUGCCCCUGCGCUCCCUGUUUGGUGACGUCAUUCCCGGAGACGGUGGGAAGUCGCGCUGUGCGUGGCGUCAUCAGCCGGCGCCGCGGUGGUCGCUUUCCUUCCGGUUCCUGGGUGACGGCCCCCACCUCCUUGAGUGUGUCCAGGUGGACCUUGUAUUCCUGCUGCACCUCCAAAGCCAGGAGGGUCAAGGCCUCCUCGUUUUCAUUCACCCAGGAUAACAGAAAUUCACACUUCUUCUUGGCACCGUACACCCUGGACUGGUCCUCGGCCGGCAGCCGUCUCUUCCCUUUGCUCAGCAGCCUGGAUAGGUGGGGCCGCCUGCAGGGCCUCUGCUGUGGAAUGGAAGACCUGCCUGGCCCCCAGGGCCCCGGAGACAUCCAGGACCGUUUCACAAAAUUCAGGGAGCAGCUCGUCCCCAUCCCCAUUGUAAAGCGCCAUGGCUUGCAGCUCCCGGUUCUGGAAGUCUUGAGCGCAGGAGCCGUGGCCCCGGUAGCAAGGCACCGAGCAGAAGCGGAGGUGGCAUCUCGGGCAGGUGUACGGGGCCCGCUCGGCCAGGCAGAGCCCGCAGCCAGGGUCGAGGCCGGGACUCGAACCCGUGGUGGCCUCCAUGGUUGUAAGAGCGGCCGAAGACCUUCGAGAGCGUUCGAGAUUUUCCGCCACUUAUCGGGUUCGACAGUGAUGAUUGCCGCCCUUCUAGUCGCUUUGGCGCAGGCGCAGAACACGAAGGCCGCUCUAAUCGCGUCGCUCCCCGGCUCCGAGCCCCACCCCGCCGCGCGGCCUGUGGGUGACGUCAUCCGUGGAGACGGCGGUAAAUCGGGCUACUGCGCGUGCGUCAUCACCCGGCGCCGCUGUCGCUUUCCUUGUUCCAAGAUGGCGGCCUUCGCUUUAGCUAAGUUAGCCAGGGGUGGCUUCAGGAAGGAGCCGUUGUCGCCCUGGUUAGGAGGAAGGAGGUGGUGGCUGCCGCCGCUGGGAGUGUCCCGUCUGAGCCACGCCGCAGCGGAAGCCAACUCGGCAGACUCAAAAUAUCCGGGCAUUAUUGAGUCUACUGAGGAAUAUAAAUUUGUGGAGAGACUCUUACCUCCCACCCGAAUACCAGUACCUCCAAAACAAGAGAGCUACCCCACACCUUCUGGAUGGAGGCCGCCUCAAGAUCCUCCUCCUGCUCUUCCUUACUUUGUGCGACGGUCACGAAUGCACAACAUCCCGGUGUAUACGGAUAUCACCCAUGGCUGUCGGAAGAUGACUGUCAUCAGGAAGAUUGAAGGCGAUAUCUGGGCCCUCGAGAAAGAAGUGAAAGAAUUCCUCACGCCGCUCUUGGGACGGACGCCGGCCACGCAGGUCCAUGAAGUUGCCUGCAGCAUUCGCAUCAAGGGCUAUUUCGACCAGGAGUUGAAGACAUGGUUGAUGGACAAAGGAUUUUAAAAAAAUAAAGGGGAUUUGUGGGAGGCUCUCCUGUUUCUCCUCUGAA